AUGCCGCCAAUCUUCCCGUUAGCAAUCAAUACUGAGGGGUCGAAGGGCGAAAAAAAGCCGGAGCGGGAACCACGGAGCCUCGUACUCUUCUUCGAUGGCACUGGAAACGAGUUCACCGGGUCUGACAAGGAUACGAAUGUGGUCAAAUUGCUCAAUAUGAUGGACCGCAAUGCCUGCAAUCAGUACCACUACUAUCAAACUGGCAUUGGAACAUAUGAUGUCAAGGAGAAGACCGUCCACAAGUCCAGCUUCGGCGAGAUGAAGAGCAGCUUCUGGAAAAUGGUUGACCAGGGACUCGGUACGACAUUCGACGCGCAUGUCAUUGCCGGCUAUCGCUUCCUGAUGCAGUACUAUGCGCCCGGUGAUAGAAUUUACGUGUUCGGGUUCAGUCGCGGGGCAUACACCGCUAGAUUUCUCUCACGCAUGGUUUUCACUGUUGGACUUCUCUGCAAAGGGAACGAGGAGAUGGUGCCUUUCGCAUAUCGCCUCUACCAGCGGCACUUGAACGGCGAGUUUAAGGCUGCCAAGAAAGGUGACCAUCACAUAUCUCAGCACAACGACUAUCAGACAAACCAAUCUCCAAAGAAGUGCACAGCGGCCACGUGCGAGUUGGUCGCGUUUAGCGACACCUUCUGUUGGAGGGCACCACGGGCCAAGACCAACAUCAAGGUCUUCUUCCUGGGCCUGUGGGACUGCGUCAACUCGGUGUCCGUUUUGGAAAAGAAGACGACGGCCAACGUCAAAGUCCAAGGGACUGCAGACAUUAUCAGGCAUGCUGUGGCUGUCGACGAGCGCCGCGUCAAGUUCAAGCCAGCACUCUUCGACCAGGACAAAGCAAGUGACAGCAUCCGAAAAGAGCACAUCAAGGAAGUCUGGUUCCCGGGCAACCAUAGCGAUGUCGGCGGUGGUUGGCACCCCGACAGUGACUUUCUUUUGACCGACGACAAGAAGGCCACGAUCUCGUUACGCCUGAAGUCUUGGAAAAAACUUCGGAAGCUGAGAAGGGAGCAAAAAAAGGAAGCACGAAACGACUGGGGUCAAUGUGAAAAGUCUCACGAAACCUUGGAGCAAUUGAAGGAAUGCGAGGCCGAGCACUCCAAGUCAUAUUGCUCAAAGGAUAAAUGUGGAAGGUGUCACCAUGACGGCCAACACGAUUACUGCUCCCACAGGUACCGCAUGAGGCCUUGCCAACUGAGCGAUGCCCCCCUGUACUGGAUGAUUCAAGAGAUUGAAGAGGCAGACAAGCGACAACGUGGCGAGGGAGACUACUGGCCUGAUGGCGAGGGAAUCAGGUGGGUUCCGGAGAAAGUCGCCGACUUCAAGGUCCGUUACCUAUACCACAAGCACGAUGCCGUACUCGCGUCUCUUCAUGACCCGCUCAAAUUUGGCUUCGGUGACACCAUAGGGUCUGUUCUACUUUGGAACUUUCUUGGUGAGGCUCUUGCAUAA